UCCUUCGUGCUAGGGCGAGGGGAGCCAAGGACGCCUGGGUCCUGGGGGUGCUGGCCGUGGCGGCUCUCUCCAGUUCCCCCAGCACACAUCCCCGCGGGGCCAGGGGCCGGGGGGGGGGAGUCACGGACUGGCAUGGGGUUAAGAAGGGGCACUUCUGGGUGUUCGAGGGGACCCAGAGAAGCCGGGAGUCCGGGAGGGAGGCCACCCCCCACCCCGACUCUGCGGUCUGGGAGUGAGCCAGCUCCUCAGUGCGGCGGGCCGGCCGGGCGGGGGUGGGGGUGGGGGGCAGAAGAGGAGUGAAAGACGCAGAGCCAGAGGCCUAGCGAGCUAGCCGCAGAGGAGGCUACAGCGGAGAGGGGAGGGAGCGGGGCAAAAGGGGAGCACACGAGUACCAGGUAAACACACCAGAUAAGGCCCGAGGGCUUCAAAAGCUGCCCGGGAGCGUUCCGAGUGAGGGCUGCGUGCGGGAAACGAGGCCGUAGUGAGGGGGAGGGGGGUGGCCCUGACCCCCUCCUCUCUAUCUCUGUCUCUGUCUCUGUGUCUGUCUGUCUGUCUCUUCCCCCGCCCUCCCCAGGUCCGCCUCCUCCCGCCUUCAGGGCUGCGCAGCCUGUGGGCCGGCCCCCCAGCCCCCUGGGACCUUUAAGGGCGGGGCCUCAGUUAUAGCCCCGCCCCUCACGCCCUGGGGCAGGCCCGGGCCCCGCCCCCGGGCCGGCGGUCCCGCCCCCUCCAAUGCUGAGCUCAGUCUGUGUCUCCUCCUUCCGCGGGCGCACGGCGGCCAAACAGCAGCAGCAGCCGCCGGGGGCGCAGCCUCCUCCUCCCGCUCCUCCUCCUCCUCCUCCUCCUCCUUCUCCUCCUCCUCCUUCAUCGCCGCCGCCGCCUCCUACCGGCCCCUGCCCCGGCCCCGGCCCCCGGGCCGGCUCCUCUCUCCCCGCCGCCGCCGGCCCCGGCCCCGGCCCGGCUCCUCCUCCCGGGCCGCCCGCGGGGGGCGCGCCAUGCCCCCGGGGCCCGGCCAUGGGGCGACACGGCGGCGGCGGCGACAGCGACAAGAUCGUGAUCAACGUGGGCGGCGUGCGCCAUGAGACGUACCGCUCGACGCUGCGCACCCUGCCCGGGACGCGGCUGGCCGGCCUCACGGAGCCGGGGGCGGCCGCCAACUUCGACUACGACCCGCGCAGCGACGAGUUCUUCUUCGACCGGCACCCGGGCGUCUUCGCCUACGUCCUCAACUACUACCGCACGGGCAAGCUGCACUGCCCGGCGGACGUGUGCGGGCCGCUCUUCGAGGAGGAGCUCGCCUUCUGGGGCAUCGACGAGACCGACGUGGAGGCCUGCUGCUGGAUGACCUACCGGCAGCACCGCGACGCGGAGGAGGCUCUCGACUCCUUCGAGACCCCCGAGCCGGCCGCCGCUGCCGCUGCCGGGGCGCCCGCCGGGGGGGCAGCCGCGGGGCUGGGUGACGACGAGGCAGGAGGCUUGGACGCCGCAGGAGCCGGUGGGGAGCUCAAGAGACUCUGCUUCCAGGACGCGGCCGGCGGGGCGGCCGCCGGUCCCGGGGGGGCCGCCGGGGCUACGUGGUGGCGCCGCUGGCAGCCCAAAGUGUGGGCGCUCUUCGAAGACCCCUACUCGUCCCGGGCGGCCAGGUAUGUGGCCUUCGCCUCACUGUUCUUCAUCCUCAUCUCCAUCACCACAUUCUGCCUGGAGACCCACGAGGGCUUCAUCCACAUCCACAACAAGACUGUGACUCAGGCGUCCUCGGUGCCCGGUGAGCCCCCCGAGAACGUGACCAACGUGGAGGUGGAGACGGAGCCCUUCCUGACCUACGUGGAGGGCGUGUGCGUGGUGUGGUUCACGUUCGAGUUCCUCAUGCGCGUCACCUUCUGCCCGGACAAGGUGGAGUUCCUCAAGAGCAGCCUGAACAUCAUCGACUGCGUGGCCAUCCUGCCCUUCUACCUGGAGGUGGGCCUGUCGGGGCUGAGCUCCAAGGCGGCCAAGGACGUGCUGGGCUUCCUGCGCGUGGUGCGCUUCGUGCGCAUCCUGCGCAUCUUCAAGCUGACGCGCCACUUCGUGGGGCUGCGGGUGCUCGGCCACACGCUGCGCGCCAGCACCAACGAGUUCCUGCUGCUCAUCAUCUUCCUGGCGCUGGGCGUGCUCAUCUUCGCCACCAUGAUCUACUACGCGGAGCGCAUCGGCGCCGACCCCGACGACAUCCUGGGCUCCAACCACACCUACUUCAAGAACAUCCCCAUCGGCUUCUGGUGGGCCGUGGUCACCAUGACCACGCUGGGCUACGGCGACAUGUACCCCAAGACCUGGUCGGGCAUGCUGGUGGGGGCCCUGUGCGCCCUGGCCGGCGUGCUCACCAUCGCCAUGCCCGUGCCCGUCAUCGUCAACAACUUUGGCAUGUACUACUCCCUGGCCAUGGCAAAGCAGAAGCUGCCCAAGAAGAAGAACAAGCAUAUCCCCCGGCCGCCCCAGCCAGGCUCCCCCAAUUACUGCAAACCUGAGCCCCCGCCCCCGCCGCCCCCCGCGCCCGGCCUCCCCCACCACCACAGCGGUCUCAGCCCGCCCCCGCCCGGCUCCUACCCCCCGGGGCUGCCCGGGCCCCCGGGCCAUGGCCACGGCCACGUGCACCCCGGGCUCCUGAGGGGCGGGGCCGGGGGGCUCGCGGGGAUGGGCCUGCCCCCUCUGCCCGCUCCCGGAGAGCCCUGCCCACUGGCUCAGGAGGAGGUGAUUGACAUCAACAGGGCAGACCCUCGCCCCAAUGGGGACCCAGCAGCUGCUGCCCUAGCUCAUGAGGACUGCCCUGCGAUUGACCAGGCAGCCCUGUCCCCAGAAGACAAGAGCCCCAUCACCCCAGGGAGUCGAGGCCGCUAUGGACGAGACCGGGCAUGCUUCCUGCUGGCUGAUUACACAGCUUCCCCAGAUGGCUCCAUCCGAAAAGGUUACGAGAAGUCCCGCAGCCUGAGCAGCAUUGCAGGGCUCAGUGGGGUGUCCCUGCGUCUUGCCCCCCUUGCCACUCCCCCCGGCUCCCCGAGGGCUGCCCGCCGUGCCCCCCCUGCCCUCCCCUCCAUUCUUUAGCCCCCUCCCCCCUCUGGGGGACUCAGGGGUGGUGGGGACGGUUCCAGGAAUGGGGGUGGGGUGGUAUUUUUAAAGGGUCACAAACAAUAUGCAAUUGAUAUGACCGCCAGCAACCCCGCCCCCCACUUCCUCUAGGCCCCCCGAAGGAGGGGCAGAGCCUCAGUACCCCCAAAGCCUUCUCAGGUCUCCAUGAGCCAUAUCGCCCCCUCCCAAGUCCACUCGCUCAUUGAAAUGUAUAAAUAGGUGAGAACUUCGCUGGGGAACUUGGGGACACCUUCUGGCUGCUCCACCUCCGCCCUCCUCCAUCUCCGUGCAUGCCCCCCGCCCGAUUCUCUGCAAGAGCAAUAAGCCGCCUCUGGCCGCAUGCUGUGUCCCACCCUAGAGCACCCGGGCCACAGGGAGUUGGGGGGCCCUCCGCCGCCCUUCGCAGCGUGGAGGCCGCGGCAAGUCUGAGACAAAGGGAGCAGCUGCGGUGGGCGCCGGGUCUGCCGGCUGGGGGUGGAACAGGGGCUUCGCUUCGCCUUCCGGAGGUGGGGGGUGGCUGGCUGCUGGGCCCAAGGUGACUCGUCCAGGUCCCGCCCCCCAAGGAGCCCCCAGCGUCUUGCUGGACCGGCUGCCCGCUCCCUCCCGUCCCCACAUCCCUCACACUAACUCGGGAGGUGCUGGGGGGGGGGCGCCGCCUGAGCCCUGGAGCGGGUCCUGGGGCUGCGGCUGCAUGUGCAUGCGCUCCCCGGGCACGCUGCUCCGGCCCGGGGAGGGGGGCGGGCCGGCAGGGCGCCCGCCCCCCUCCCUAGUCCAUCCCACGCGGCGCCCGCCCCUCGCUCCACCUGUCCAGCCCAGCAGAGCGUCGUGCCCCUGCGCCCUCCCCUCUCCCAGGGGGCGGGCCGGAAGCGUCCCUUCCCGAGGGCCCCGGAGAGAAUGCAAGCCACCGCCCCCGGGUUGGUAAGCCGAGGCCCUGCACGGCCCCAGCCCCUUCCGCCGCUCCUAGACCCGCAGAACUCGCCCCGGAUCCCUCUCCCCUGCUGGGGAGGGGCAGGAGUUUCUCCUUAUGCAACGUUGCCUAUGCAAGGGGCUCCUUGGACACCCCCGCCCUCCUCUGCCUUCCACCCCUGGGUGCCCGCGCCUGGGAGAGCGAGCAGGGCUCCCUGGAUGCCAAGCGCCAGGCCGGGCACCUGCAGGCGGCCGGAGGGGCUGCCUGGGGCCUCGGCGGGGAAGGAAGAGAAGUGAGGACAAUCGUGCCAAAGGGUUAACAGUUCGCCCCGCCGCCCCCCCCCCCCCCCCCCCGUGGAGCCCCCGGCCAAGCUUUCAGUUCGCUUUUUCCGGAAAUAAACUUGGAUCAGACGGGACGGGGGAGGCAGCACUUGCCCUCCCCCCGCGCCCCGGGUCUCCCUCUGGCCGCCACGCACACGCAACCACACGCAUGAUAUGCAUGUCUGCGGAUGCCUCCCCUCCCCACGCAUGACAAGGGGCAGGGGGGCGGAUAGGAAGGGAAUGUCGGCCCCCCUUUCUGGCUAGGCCGAGAGCUCCCAGGGACGGGGGGAGGGCAGGUCAUGGGGAGGGGGCCCUGCGCUCCCGCUCCGCCCCACACAUAUAGCAAUAAAGAUCCCCCGCCCGGCUCCAGGGGGCCCACAGGAAGGGGGAGGGGUGGGGGUGGGUCGGGGGCUCUCAGGGAUGGAGGCGGAUCUGAAUCGGCUGGGGGGGAAGGUCUGCAAACUUCCAACUCUGGUGCUAAUGGGGGGUGUCUCCCCCCCACCCCACGUCUCCCCCACUCCCCGCCCAGGGGUGCAUGACCCGCGAACCAGCAGAGCCGCCCGCUGCAGACGCCGCAUGUCACACCCCUUCCCUCCCCCGAACAAAUAAAAGACUCCCUUUUCAUUUAA